AUGGGUGUAGUUCUGUGCCGUAGGAUCUCCCCUGACACCGGCGGAUUUCAAGCGAUCAGUGAGAGCACAGAGAAAGUGCGACCAUGGUCACAAUCAUGGAGUAUCUAUGUACAGCAGGUUCCUGAAGUUACUACUACAGUGGGAAGCUCGGUCACAUUACUGUGUAACUACACCCUCAGUGAUGCAGAUAUGACAGGCAUAGGCUGGUUCACUUGGUACAGACAAGAGUUAAACGGGGCAGAGGUAUCUGACAACAACCCUAACUUCAAGGGAAGAGUCUCCAGAGCAAGUCAGAACGAUUUUGUCGGUAAAAGAUCUGCAGAUCUACAGCUCCACCGCGUGGAUAGCACAUUUACUGGGAUGUAUAUCUGUCAGGUUGUGGUACAGCACACUGAGAUCAUAUCAGGACAUGGUAGUGGUACAUUCCUGAAUGUGACAGGUCACCCACAGGGGGUACACAGUAGAAUUCAGAACCUGAUCAGAAUUGGGCUUGGCGUGUUGGUUCUAUCAGCCAUUGCGCCAGUUGUCCUGUGCUGUGAAAGCAAAGGUAGAAGAAGCUCGGAAAGUAUAUAUGAGGAAGUUGAAAUGAAGAAGUGA